GUUUGGCUGCAGCGUCAUUGAGAAAGGCAACAUGACUCCAACUAUUGGUCACUUUGUUCAAUCUGCCGUUAUCAAGGAUCACCCCCUCUCCCUUUAACCCUCUCCAGCAGCAGGCAGAGGACAGUGAAAUGUAACCGGACCCUCGGUGCGCCAUGAACGGGCCUCAGCUCAGUGAACUCCCGGACGACUCGGAGCAGCUCAGGCCGCAUGUGAGCAGCCUGAGGCGGAGAGCCCUGCAGGCCAGCGAGCUGUCCGCGGUCAGGACUUUCUCCGACGCCUUUCUCUGCAAGUUUCUGCGGGCCAGAGACUUCGACGAGGAGCUCUCUCUGAAGCUCUUACUGAACUACCAGCGGUGGCGGAGGGAGAGUCCUGAGAUCAGCACCUGUUUGUCUCCCAGCUCGGUGCUCGGCCUCCUCAACACAUCCUACCAUGCCGUCCUCCCGCAGCGCGACCACACUGGCAGCAGGGUGCUCGUCUACAGGAUUGGGCAGUGGAACCCAAAAGACUGGUCGGCCUACCAGGUUUUCAGGGUCAGCUUGAUGACAUCAGAGAUCAUCUCCAUGGAGACAGAGACACAGAGGCAGGGUGUGAAGGUCAUAUUUGACCUGCAGGGGUGGAGUAUAGCCCAUGCCCUACAGAUUAACCCUUCCCUCGCCAGAAAGAUAUCCUCUGUACUUUCGGAAUCUUUUCCACUGAAAGUCAGAGGAAUUCAUCUGGUCAACGAGCCGAUGUUCUUCCGGCCGGUCUUUGCCAUGAUUCGUCCCUUCCUGUCGGAUAAGAUCAGACUGAGGAUUCACAUGCACGGCGCUGAUUUCAACGACACUUUAAGCGACUUCUUCUCACCGCCCGUCCUGCCUCCAGAAUACGGGGGAGAGGGUCCUUGCAUAGAAGAGGCGUGUCGUGACUGGACCAAUCAGCUGCUUCAAUCAGAGAAGCUCCUGCUGCAGAUUGCGUCCCACCCAACAGGUGACAUCGCCAUUAUUCCAGACGAGGACCCCUUGAUCUCAGAGAAGGUGGAGACUAAACCAAACUCAGACGGAUGAUGUUUGGCUUCUCUGAUCACACAUUCACACGAUUGUUUGUUUGUUUUUCUGUCUUUUUUUAACUUAAAACAACCAAACAAUCUUUCUGGUCGCCACUUUUGAGGUUCUCAACUGCAAAUUGUUGGCUGCGUCAAGAGCUACUUUAAAACAUCUCAGCGCUGGUCCAUCUGUGUUUACAUGAUGUUUGUCUUCUGGGUUACAUUGCUCAAGUUUUGCAUCUUCUAACUGAAGUACUCGUAUUUGCUUUCUUUUCAAAGAGUGACAUGAAGAGGUCGAUGUCUGAGUUUGAGUCAGGACGUAGUUAGCCUAGCUUAGAAUAAAGACGGGAAAUAGAAGUAAACAGCUCUGGAUGUAAAAAAGAAAAACUAUCAAAAACUUAACAUUUUAUAUCUCUUUGUUUAACCUUUACACGAACAUAAAUGUAAAAAUAAUUUGUGAAUUUAGUGGAGGUUGGAAAUGUUUUGUCUCUAAAUAACCUCACCAACCCACAGAUCUAGAAUAAGACUUAAGGCCAGCUGAAAAAGCCUACCUGGGAGCGCUACGGUGCGCUUUGGAGGCGCACAGAUUGACAUCCUUUCCUUUGUCUUUCCUCUCUUUUUUGAAAACCAGAUGUUGGUUUACGAGGCAACAUUGUUAGCACUGUAUUUCUGGCUCAUCUACUCCAUGCAACUAAACACCGUCACUGAUGAGUGCGCUGAGGCAGGACCAAACCAUUUCAUGCAGAUACAGGGGGGUGGUCGGUCAAUAUGGAUGUUUACUUUUUGGUCAAUGGGGAUUUUUUACUUUUACAUUUACGUUUACAUUUACUCAUUUGGCAGACGCUUUUAUCCAAAGCGACUUACAUUUGAGGAACAACAUACAAGCAUCAAAUACAGAU